AGUCAUUGACUCCGGUUUUAUUUCAUUUCAUCUCUUAGGCAUGGAGAUAGCCUAUUUUGCAGCAGUAUAGUCUUAUGGAACUAACUGAAGAAAACACUGUUCCUUCCUGAAUCAACCACGCUGUAUCAUGCAGAUGCUCCAGCCAGCUCUGAGAAUCAGCAUAAUGGCCUUAUCCCUGGAAUUGUUGAUCCUGGCUGCUGUGUUGCUUCCAUUCUUUCCUGCAAAUGGACAGGGUCCAUCCCUUGCUGAUUUGUCAACUACUCAAACGCACGUCCAAAAAGAGAUUGUAAAUAAACACAAUGAACUAAGGGGAUCAGUCUCUCCAACUGCCAGCAACAUGCUAAAGAUGGAGUGGGACCCAAAAGCAGCAUCAAAUGCCCAAAAGUGGGCAAGCAAGUGCACUUUACAACACAGCAUUGCAGAGGACCGAAAAACCAGUACAAGUUGUGGUGAGAAUCUCUAUAUGUCAUCUCACCCUCAAUCGUGGUCAGUCGCAAUCCAAACAUGGUAUAAUGAGAACACCGAUUUUAUCUAUGGUAAGGGACCAAAGACUUCCGAUGCAGUUGUUGGACAUUAUACCCAGGUUGUUUGGUACUCCUCUUACCGCGUUGGAUGUGGAAUGGCCUACUGUCCCAAUCAAAGAAGUCUAAAAUACUACUAUGUCUGCCAGUAUUGUCCUGCUGGUAAUCAUCUUCGCAAGAUAAAUACACCCUACCUAGAAGGAAAACCUUGUGCCAGCUGCCCUAAUCAUUGUGACAAUGGACUUUGCACCAAUGUUUGCAACUAUGAAGAUAAAUAUAACAACUGUAAUAAUUUGAAGGAAAAAGUAACCUGUAACCAUAUUACUGUCAGGGAUGGUUGUAAGGCUUCCUGCAAUUGUCAAGAUAAAAUUUAUUAAAUACCCAACACAGACUGAGCAAGGCUAUGUGGAGAAGGGCAACACCAUCUACUUAGAUUUGACAUUAGCAAAGAUAUUGUAAGCACGUUGGCUACAAACUUGAUUCCGAAUAAUGAGUCUUUUUCUCUUGGAUCUACUUUUUAUUUUAUAGAAAUCUCUUUCAUCAGAGGAUUAAAAAGUUAUAUAAUCUAUAAUUAUAUUAUCUGUUACUCAUGUAAAAAUUAUGAGCAAUAAGGAAAUACUAAGAAACCAUUACAGACCAGAGGAGACAAAGAAAACAUGAGAACUAAAUGGAAUGUGGUCUCUCAGAGACCCUGGAACACAACAAGGUCACUAAUGGAAAAAGUUGUGAAAUCUGAAUAGGGUCUGAAUUAUUUUUGAUAGUAAUGUCUCCUUCUUAUUCUUGACAAAUGUACUAGGUUAUACAAGAAGAUAACAUGCGGGGAAACUAAAACUGGGUGAUGAGUAUAUGGGAAUCCUCUGCACUAUCUUAGCAAAGUUUCUGUAAAUCUAAAAAUACCCCAAAAUAAAAAGUGCAUUAAAAAAACAGUUUUCUUGGUUCCAUAAU